AUGGCUGAGGAAUCCAAGGAAGCCCAGUCGCCCUCCGAGAAAUACGACACCCCCACGGAGGGCGAGUCGCUCCUGUCGAAUCCAAACUCCGAUGCACAGGGCCAACUCGCCGCCGCAGUCGACGAGCUCCUCGACCAGCUCCAGUCUAAGUUCGACAAUGUCUCGAAGGAAAUGUUUGGGAAGCUGGACGAUAUGACCCGCCGCCUCGACGAACUGGAGGCCUCCUUGACCGCGACUUCCAAUGACUCGGCCUCAGCGACGCCGACGAAAUGA